UCUCAAAUUUGCAUCAGUGUUCUCAUCUCAAGUUCUCGAGCUUCACUUCAGUGUAGCUUCUUCGUGAAAGAAAUCAAGUAUAACAUUGACUAUUAAGAAAACUUACAUCCUAAUCAACAUGAGACACGGAGCAUCAAAGAUCUUCGCCUCUAUCCUGCUGUCACUGCUGGCGCUUGCAGUUGUCGGAUUCGAUGGCAAUUUAGCGGCGGAGACCACUGGAAAAAAAGUUGAACAAAAGUCGAAUGUUGGUUUGAGGAACUUGACAUAUGUGCGCAGUAGCGGACAACAGGAACAGGAGAGCAGAAUUUUCGGGUUUUUAAAAUCUGACAAACAUAAGAAAAAACCAAGCUACGGAGCGCCAAAACCACAGUAUGGUGCUCCUAAAGCUCAAUACGGCGCUCCUAAAGCUCAAUACGGCGCCCCUAAGCCCCAAUACGGACCACCAAAAGCCCAAUACGGAGCACCCAAGCCAAACUACAAAGCUCCAGCGCAUAGUCAACCAGAGCCAUCCUACAAUCAACAGGCUUACAGUCCAUCAGAAUACAGCCCUCCUGCUUAUAGCCCUCCUGCAUACAGCCCUCCAGCUUAUAGCCCCCCUGCUUAUAGCCCCCCUGCUUAUAGCCCUCCUGCAUACAGCCCCCCUGCUUAUAGCCCCCCUGCUUAUAGCCCCCCUGCUUAUAGCCCACCUUCUUACAGCCCACCAUCUUACAGCCCACCUUCUUACAGCCCUCCAGCUCCCGUUUACACUGAAGCUCCUUACUCUCCUCCGUACGUCCCUAGUUACAAAGCUCCGACGCCUUCCGUUUACCCAGAGGCUCCUGCGUACUCUCCACCAGCUUACCCAGAGGCUCCUGCUUACUCUCCACCAGCUUAUCCAGAGGCUCCUGCUUACUCUCCACCAGCUUACCCAGAGGCCCCUGCUUACCAACAACCAGAGGAAUACAGCCCACCAGCUCACAGCACUGAGGCUCCUUAUCCACCACCGCAGUCACCAAACUACGAAGCUCCUGCUUAUUCCGAAGCUCCUGCCUACAAACCACAGGAUUAUUCACCUCCAGCCUACGAAGAAGCUCCUUAUUCUCCCCCGGCCGAGCCUCAAUAUCCUACAUCUUACAACCAGGAUCCAAACUACCCAGAAAGCAACAAAGGACCCAAUGAAGAUUUUUUUAGUUUCCCCAAAUUCGAGGACUUUUUAACACCAAACGCUUUUGACUUUCAACAGUUUAAAGUUUAAGAGGUGAGAUCCUAAUGCGAGUUAUAAUUUCUACUCAUUUAAGUCAAUUCACUUUCAAUUUUCGAAAAAUUGAAAGAUUAAAUCUGAAUUAAUUUCACCAUUUUCCUUUAUCAUCAAAAGCACAAUUUUUAAAUUAUCCAGUUCCCUCGUCGUAUUCAACAUAAUUCGUACUUCAGUCUACAUAAAACAGCUGACGCAUCAAAAUUGUCUAGAGCUGAAAAGAUAGUAUCAAUAAUGUUAAAUAUCAGAUGACUUCAUUUGUUAUGUUAUUUCUCCCGUGUUGAACACACCUUGCGUGCAUUGGAAAUAUAUAUCGAAAUCAAAA